CGUGUGAGAGGAGGAGCGGGUGUGAAGUGGAUUGAUGGAAGAAAGAAAGAAAAAAAGAAUUGAUCGGAAGUGAUGAUCGUCAUUGUUGUGAGCAUAGGAAGAAGAAAGAAGAAAUGGAAGAGAAAGCGAGGGGUUGCAAUCAUGUGUUAGUGGUUCCAUACCCAAGCCAGGGCCACAUCAAUCCGAUGCUACAAUUCAGCAAACGCUUGUGUUCGAAAGGACUGAGAGUGACCAUGCUCACCACCGUUUUCAUUUCCAACUCCAUGCAUCUUCAAUCUUCAUCCUUGUUAGGCAGCGUUCAACUUGAUUUCAUAUCAGAUGGGUAUGACGAAGGUGGAUUUGCCGAAGCUGUUUCUAUAGAAAGCUAUUUGUCACGCAUGGAAGAAGUGGGGUCGAAAACCUUGAGGGAACUUAUAAAGAAAUACAAUAAUGGUCGUGAUGAGGGUAUAGAUUGUGUGGUGUAUGACCCUUUGGUGAUAUGGGUGUUGGAUGUGGCCAAGGAAUUUGGGUUAUUGGGAGCUGCUUUUUUCACUCAAAUGUGUGCUGUGAAUUUUAUAUAUUACCAUGUCUACCAUGGACUUAUCAAGGUUCCUAUUUCAUCACCAAUAUCUAUUCCAGGGCUUCCUUUGCUUCAUCCCAGAGAUGCACCACCCUUUGUUUCUAACCCUUCCUUCUAUCCAGCUUACUUUCAGUUGGUCAUUAAUCAGUUUUCUAACAUUCACAAAGCAGAUCUACUUCUUGUCAACUCCUUCUACAAGCUAGAGGACCAGGUGGUGGAUGCGAUGUCAAAGGUAUGUCCAGUAUUGACAAUUGGGCCAACAGUUCCAUCCUUUCACUUGGACAAGGCAAUCCCAGACGACACAGACAACGUUCUAAAUCUGUUCGAGUUAGACUCAUCACCGAUUACAUGGCUCAAACAAAAGCCUCCACAGUCAGUUAUCUACAUAUCAUUUGGCAGCAUGGUCUGCUUCAGC